UUGAGAAUAUCCAUGUAUGGAUUUGGUGGCACAAUGGUGGACGGUGAAGAUUUGAUUAAGUUAGACUGUCUUGUUACCAAGAUUUAGCGACGAAAAUCUCCGAAAUGCGACGAAAUAUAGCUGCAGUAUGAGUUUGAAUUCUAGAUUUGCUUCUGCUAGUCAGCUUGGACAAAGAAAUUUGCCAUAUACAGCUGACAGUUAUCGUAACUCAAGUCGUGAAAAUGCACAUGAGAGGCAGGCUUCUUCAUCGGCCUCGAUCACUCUGGAUGAGAACUUGUCUAGGUUAUUCGAGUGUAUGAGACUGGAAUAUGGCACUGGAGGUUUUCUGAUUUCUCCAAAGUGGAAGAAUUUCCGAAGUCAGAAGUUACAGUUUGCUGAAAAGACACGGUUGAACAAUGCAAUUUGGAGGUGCUGGCAUAUCCAAUAUUCCAAAGGGAAACGCCCGUUGUUUUGUCAGUUUGUACCUCCCCUUUCUGAGGAAAAGGAACCUUUUAAGAAGAAACCAUUGACUGUCAUACUUGAAGGACGUUACUGGCGAAGAAAGUUGGAAGCUGUUGCAAGAGAGUACAAGAAGCUAAGAAUUUACUACAAAAAGGUUGGUGUUACUGUCAUACUUGAAGGACGUUACUGGCGAAGAAAGUUGGAAGCUGUUGCAAGAGAGUACAAGAAGCUAAGAAUUUACUACAAAAAGUGGUCAAAAACUCCUAAUGCCAGCCCACUUCAGCAUUUGAGCCUCAGGGCUCAGCAGAUUGAUCAAGAGAUUGCUUUUCAGCUGGAAGAAAAAGAAAGAAGGAGAAAAAGAACUAUAAGCUCAGGGAGUGGUGAAGAUGUUCUACCCAUUAGCCCUCCUACUUCUUGUGGUGAUCCACAAGUUGACCAGAUGUUUAAUGUUAUGGACACAGCUUUCAAUCAUGACGUGGCAUUGUCUUCUUUGCCCGACACAUUGUUUACCUCUCGAUCAACAAUGUUUGGAGGGGCUUACAUCCCACGAGAAGUCCUGGAACAACAGGCUUUAUCAAAACGACCUACAGAUGCACCAGAUGUAUUUCAAGUACCCACACUUGAUAGUUUACAGCCCAAUUUAGAUGAAUUUAUGGAGCAUUUUGAAUCACUUACCGGCAUGCUUGUUGCAAAGGAAGCACAAAAUGCAGAGAACCAGCAACAUUUUGUCCAACAAGGUGACUACCAAUGCCAAGCUGUUGGCACAGCACCAAACAAUUCCACUAUGUUUGUGAACCAAGGGGUCCCAUAUGAAACAAAUGUUUCAGGACAUGAUGAAGUCAUGGACCAUUCAGGAGCCUAUGACUGUGUUGCCCAGCAAAUGUUUUCAGCAGGCACAAACAACAAUGCUCAGAUAACUCAGCAGGGUAUGCAGCCUACAGGACAAGUUCUUAUGGAAAUCUCCAGUGCAAAUCCAGCUGUUGGUUAUUCCUUUGAUUAUGGUAACGUCUUACAGGGAGAAAGCUUCACUGCACAACUAGAACAAACUGUGCCUGCGCAGUCACCAGGUUUAAAUCCAACAAACAAGCAGCACCAUGCAACAUCUCCAGUACAAGGCGCUGUCCUGUCAUCCCCUGUUGAACAGCCUCAGUUGCCACCAUAUUCACCACCACCACAACAAUACUUGCAGAGUCCACUUGAGGAAAUUCAGGCUCAGCAACUUGCGUCAUCUGGUGUUAGUAAUGUUGAUGUUUUAAGUCCUUCCAACCAGUUUGUGGGUAACGUUGAUCCCUUUAACUCAUCAAGGCAGAUUGACACUUCAAAUCAGCCAAGAAAAGGAAGACUCCCAAGAAAUGUGUCAGACUCUAUGCUGUACACAAUGGACUUGUCACAACUUGGAACAUCAUUUCAGACAAACCUCUUUCCUUCAAUGGAAAGUAAUCUGCCUCCACAACUGGAAGCCCCGAAUCUGGUGGCACAUUUGCAGUCCAUACAGCCCCGCACAAGGGUAACAUCAACACCAUCAGCAGCUACCCAAGCAAAACGGGCACGGCUGCCCAGAAACAUGUCUGACUCUAAACUGAGCAGUUUAGCUAGCAUGUCAAGAAGCCCCACAUCACCCCCGUCUUUGCCAACUGUGCAGUCUGCAGAUGUCAGUAACCAGCCAACAUUAAGUUCAACUCAACAACCUGGAAGGCGAAAACCAGGGAGAUUUCCACGGGUCAUGUCUGACACAUCUCUUAUUAGUAUGGGACAACAACGGCAACAGGUGGCCUCACCACCAGCAGUUACCAGUACACUGACCGCUCAGCGUAGACGGAAAAUGUCUGAUCCACAACACCUUGUUAGUGCUGGAGUGGCUGCCAUGCCAUCUCACACAGCAACCUUCACCAGUACCACAGAAACACAGUUGUACAACACCAAUAGCAGUUUGUCAUCUUUAUCAAACACACAGUUCUUGGAGCAGUUGCUAUCAGUGCCUGUGUCCUCUUCAGGUGGGGUAUCCACUACAUCUCAAGCUGCUGAAUCCUUCCAGUCUGCAAACAGCUCCGUCAUAGGCCAGCUUCUCACUCAGCAGUCCACACCAUCUACUGCUACAGUGCAAAUGCCUGCAAGAGAUUCAAGCAGUUUAGGUGGUACACAAGACCCUGCUUUGCUCAAUCAACUUUACCAGUUGAAACAAGUGUUACAGAAACAACCUGUUCCAACAGAGCUUGUCAAUGCAUUAAAUUCCUUGACUAACACUGGAGCAACCCAAGCAACGCAACACAAACAAGACCAGAUACAGGCCAUCCAACAGAAAUCUGCAUCUGCUCGGCCAUCACUUCAAAUGAAGCCCCAAAAUCAAAAUGCUAUCACUCAGGCUCUUCAGUCCUUGUUACGUGCACCACCUAACAUUGCUAUUCAGCCAUCAACAUCAAAUAAACAGACUACCCAAGCGAGUAGUUUCUCAUCGCAGUCAUCACUUCAAGCACCAAUUGUCACAUCUCACAACAUACCAGCCCCCACAGUCACCAUUAAGCACCAACCCCAAAGCAAGCCUUCUGGUCCAACUGUCGGUCAAAAUGUUAUGCCGUCAGCACCUGUAAUACUUACAUCUCAGAGUGGUAUCCAGAGUACUGGAAUGUCUGUCCAGAACACACACACAGACCAAAUGAAUAAUGUGCCUGAAGUGGGGAGCACUCCCAUGCAGCCGGUGGUGAAUAUUGGACCUUCGCCUGUCCAAGGUCGUAUUAUUUUGCCUGCAAAUGUAAACCUUAGCACAUUGUCACUGGCUCAACUUGGUUUUUCACCAGUGGCACUUCAGUCGGUUACUGUUAGCAUGCCAUCAAGUGUAGCAAACAGUUCCUCAUCUUUGUCAACAGUAGCCACAAUGAGUGUAGGCACCAAAAGUUCAGUUGCUGUAACAUCAACUACUGGUUUGGUUACUGAAUCGCAGGAUACUGGAGGAAUGCGACCAGCACAAACACUACCUACUCCAGCUAAACAGACCAGACCAGUAACCGCAGAGCAGCGAGAACAGUACAAGGAGCACAGAAGAAUCUCGCACAUCACAGCAGAGCAAAAGAGACGUGGGAACAUCAAAAUGGGCUUUGAUCAGUUAAUGUCACUUGUUCCGUCACUUGCUAAUCAAAGAAACUCCAAAGUCAGCAAAGCCACAGUCCUGCAGAAAACCGUUGAAUAUACCACUAAGCUACAGCGGGAGAGACAUACCAUGCAGGAGGAAGCUGAAAUGCUUAGAAAACAGAUUCAAGAGCUCAAUGCUUCCAUCAGUAUGUGUCAACAGCAGCUUCCAGCAACAGGUGUACCAGUUGCUAGACAGCGUGUUGACCAGAUGUGGACCAUGUUUAAUCAGUACGUCAAGACUCGGACACAAGACAACUUCAAGUUCUGGAUCUUCAGCGUGUUGAUGCGUCAGUUGUUUGAGGAGUACAAUAACAUGGUAUCGACAGCCAGUGUAGAGGACUUCUGUAGAACGGUACUAGCCUGGCUUGAGCAGCACUGUUCAUUACCGGCACUCAGACCUGCGGCUUUAUCAUCGUUACGUGACCUAAGUAAAGCCACAUCAAUCUUGUCCGACCCAUCUAAAGUUCCUGAGCAAGCUCUUAGAGCUGCUGCCUCUAGAGACCCAACAGACCUCGCCGCCAUGAUGGCUCCUGCAGGUGCCAAUGGUGGGCCCGGAAAUACAGGGGCUCAGGGUGGUGGCUUCAGUUAAAGAGGUGUGCGCAACGAGUGCUUGGCAAGGAUAUUCCCUUGUAAUCAGUAAAUGGAAAUGGAAAUGUAAAGCUGAGCAGAGGACACUGUCGCGUCCUGUUCUUCCUUUAACUUAUCGAGGCGACAGUUUGGACGAUCCUUCUGUUAUAGCGUGGUAUUCAAGAGGGAGCCUACAGAUAAUCUGUUCUAAGUUAGCAGCGAGUCAACGCAUUGUACAGCAUCACUGAGGAAUGGGUCAGUUGCUAUUCUUUGCGUUGAGAAAUUGUAAACUGUAAACUGGCUCAAAUUGGCUUAUCCGUAAAAAGGACCCAUCGGCCAGAAGUUAACGGUACCAUCCUUCAGGGUUCGUACAGAGUCUGGAAUUCUUGAAAUAGAAUGGAAAAGAGUCUAUAAAUUUCUACUAAGCUGCAGCAAUUACUUAACUUGGCCUUAGCCAAAAUGUUCAAUAACAGAAUCUUCAGAAUUCUCUCCUUUGCAGCGCAGUUACUGUGCGGUUACAGUUUAUCAUGGUUACUUGUUGGGAAAUGUGCUUGUUUUUGAAUCUGGAAAAAAAGAAAAUGUUGGUUUGGAAAAAUUAUAAGAAUAGCUUUCAGUUGGGCAUAAAAAAUGUGUACGAACCCUGAAUCCCUUAUUUAUAUUCCUACCUUAGCGCAUGCUCAAUGUAGGACGUGAUGUGACAUUGAGAUAUGAGCUCCUUACGCAGUAAGGAUGCGCAGAAACAGUUCGCGGGAAUGUCUAUAAAAUGACGAUAGUUAACAUGAUGCUGGAACUCAGUGUGUUAUACUCGUGUGCUGAAACGAGAACUUGCAUCACUUUCUUCUGAAACACAAACGAACAAACAAACAAAUAUAAGUUAUACGAACAUUGCAUCAAAUAAGCAAGCACUAUGUGUGUUAGGAAUUAUUGAUAUAUACCUGGUUACGUGUAAGCAGAUUGGUGCUCGCUUUAUAUGUAGUGUUGUGAAUUUUGUAACAUUGGGGUCGACUGUAACAGGACUAGGCCCGCGUUUAACAUGAUUUUUAAUCUAAAGGCAAAAUUUAAAUACAAUAAAAAAAUAAAUUUUUUGAUUAAAGAAGGACAUAAUUGGCUCUCACAGUCAUUAGUUACGAGGAAUAUCCGAGAGGAGAGAAAAAAAUCAUCUUUGUUGUCUUUCAUAAAAGAUCGGGUUCUCUUGGAGUUUAGAAUUGCAGAUUAGGUGUAAUAAUUCGCAUAUAUUAUUCAAGACAAACAAGAUUACACUAUAUCCGU